UCUCUUCCUGGAGUCUCUGCCAUGGCUGCCGCUCGGAGUCCCGUCCGCGAUCUCUGCGAGGAAGCCACUUGCCCCAUCUGCCUGGAGUAUUUCAGGGAUCCAGUGAUCAUUCAUGAGUGUGGGCACAACUUCUGUCGAUCCUGCCUGAUCCGGUGCUGGGAGUCAUCCGAGGGAGAGGCUUCCUGCCCUCAGUGCAGGGAAACGGUUGAGCAAAGCAGUAUCACGAGAAACCAGCAGCUGGCAAAUGUUGUAGAAAUAAUUAAGAAAUUCAGCCAUCUGGGGGGGAAAGAGGAGGCAGAAGGAAAAGGAAGAGUCUGUGAGAAGCACCAGGAGCCCCUGAAGCUCUUCUGCCACGAGGACGGAAGCCCCAUCUGUGUCGUGUGUAAUGUUUCCAAGGAGCACAAAAGACACGAGGUGGUUCCUCUAGAGGAGGCGUCCCAGGAAUACAAGAAGCACGUGGAAGCAGAGAGAGAAAAGACUGUGGCUGAGUUCAGGCGACUCCACCAGUUUCUGGAAGAACAGGAGAAACGUCUUUUGGCCCAGAUGACAGAAGUGGAGAAGGAGAUUGCAGCAAAAAGGGAGGAGCACCUGGCCAGACUCUCCGGGGAACUCUCCUCUCUUGACAGCCUCAUCCGGGAGAUGGAGGAGAAGCUUCAGGAACCAGCGAGUGAACUCCUGCAGGAUAUUGGAAGCUUCUUGCAGAGGUCUCAGGUGAAGGAGAACUUAGAGAAUCCUCCUGUGGCUUUUCCUCCUGACCUGAAGUGGAGGAUCUGGGACUUCAGCGAUAUAAAUCUCUUCCUGGAGGCUGUCACGAAGAAAUUCAGAGACACACUGGAAUAUGGACUUCAGCUGCAAAAAGAACAUGUAACUUUGGAUCCAGACACAGCAAAUCCCUGGCUCAUCCUGUCUGAGGAUCGAAAGAGUGUGAGAAAGGGAGAAGUGCGUAAAGACCUGCCAAACAACCCUGAGAGAUUUGACACACAUUUCUAUGUGCUGGGAUGUGAGGGUUUCACAUCAGGCAGACAUUUCUGGGAGGUCAUUGUAGGAAGAGAGGAGAGAUGGGAGGUGGGGGUUGCCAGAAAGUCUGUGAAGAGGAAGGGUGUUUUCUCUUUUGGUCCUAUUGAAGGGAUCUGGGGUUUGGGGAAGUGGCUUGGUGGGUACAAGUUAUGUUCCCCCCAUGAGGACCCUGUUCCAAGUGAGGAGCCCAAGAGGAUCCGAGUGACCCUGAACUGUGAAGGGGGACGGGUGUCCUUUUAUGAUGCUGAUACAACAGCCCUUCUCCACACAUUCUCAGCAGCCUCCUUAUCUGGAGAGAUCCUCCUGCCCUUGUUUUACGUGAGCGAGAAAGCAAACCUGAGACUCUCUUGACUGAAGGUGCAGACAGACAAGCGUAUAUUUAUUGCCAUUAUGGCACAUUCAGUCUCAUCUUCAGCACUGAGCAGACAGGCACUUAAGGAGAAACCAUAUUUGCAGAACUGUGAUUGGCCAUCCCUUGUGUCAAUCAUGAUGCAACUCUCCCUUCUCAGGCCAGUUUGUAAAUGACACUGAUGGAUUGGGUCCCCUGUCAGUCCCCAAACUUGCCUGUUCUCUCUCCCUUGGGAAUCGGCUAUUUCUGUCAGUGCAAGAGGUGCAAAGGGGGAAAGAAGCAAGAAAAUAAUUUAGGAAACAACAGCAACCCCCCCCAUUCCUGUUUUGAUGUACAGUAGUGCCUCGACUUACGAAUUUAAUCCAUUCCGAAGACACCUUCAUAGGUCGAAAAAUUCGUAAGUCAAAAAGCGCCAUUGGAAACGCGAUUUCCCAUAGGAAUGCAUUGGAAAUGGAAAAAUUCGUAAGUCGAAGCAACCCUAUCUAAAACCGCCGCAAUUUCCAUUCGGAUGUCGAAAAAUUGUAAGCGUGCGGCCAUUUGCCCCAUUCGUAAGUCGAAAAAUUCGGUUGUCGUGUCAUUCGUAAGUCAAGGUACCGCUGUAGUUCUUUCUCCAACCUCCAAAUCUGACUUAAGAUUGGUAGAGAUAAUACCAUCCUCUUUUCUUAGUAAAAUCAGAAUUAUGCACGGGCCUCACUUAAAACCUUCCUCUGCCUCAAUCCUGCUCUGAUUCUCCCCCAAGACCUCCACUGGCCAGGGAGAUGGAAGUUCCAAAAUCCCUUUUUUGCUGCUACUCAGGAAAUCUUAUGUGGCAAUUCAGCAAAAUCAGAAAGCUGUUUGCUAGUUGAGUACAGUCAGCCCAGAACUCACACACAACUUAAUUACUGUGAUCGCAGCCUGGCAUCCUUCGUCAAAACACAACUUGAUAAAUGGAAAGAGGGUGAGAGACCAGGAAAUAUUGUUGGAAAGGACUGUGUGAGAUCUUACAAAAGUCUCCAGAGUCCAGAAAGCCUUUGGCAGUGGUGGAAAGAGUUUCUAAGUCCACCGUGCGUCUCGGACUCUAGAAAGGUUGCAUAAAGCUCUCAAGAUCUCUGGCUUCGGACAAGUACGGAAGAUUACUUGGGGGGGGCAUUUUCCGGGGUCUUCCUGACUUAUGCAAUAUUGCCUUUGAAUGCUGACCCCAGAAACCUAACCACCGUGCAGGUUUUGGGCCUCAAUGUAACAAAAUCCCCUCUGACAGUGAAGAGCCUCUGUCAGAAGUUCUGAGGAGAAAACAUUUACAAUCUAGAGGAUGUCCGGGGGGGGGGGGGGGUUAGAUUCCCACAUAUACAAUUAUUUUCUCCAAGGUGCUUUGUAGCAAAGUGUCAGAUACAUACCUGUAUUUUUAGAGAUCCCCUCUUCUUAACCUUUUGUAUAACGGGCCUGGAAGAAUUUGGGAAUAUGUUUCAUGUGCUAACAUGUUUUAUUUUAUUGAAGAUUGUAUUUCAUAUUGCUCCUAUGUUGUUUUGAACUCAACAGUAUAAUAUCCAUUCCCCAUGACCCUUCCGCCAGGGAUUUUAGGAGGGUAAUAUCCUGUUUUACCCUCAGAGGAACCCUGUGAGGUAGAAGAGGCUAGGCCGAGAGACUUAGAAAAAGGAAACACAUUAAAGUUUAUGGUCAAAAGGGAUUUGAACCUGGGCCUUGUUAUCCCAAGUCCAACACACUGGGCACUGAGAAUCUGAAAUAUUAACAAGGGUCCCUUCAGAGAUGUGCUUGAAAGCCCUCCCUGCAAAGUCCCUCUAUAUCAGGCAUCCCCAAACUUCGGCCCUCCAGAUGUUUUGGACUACAAUUCCCAUCAUGCCUGACCACUGGUCCUGUUAGCUAGGGAUCAUGGGAGUUGUAGGCCAAAACAUCUGGAGGGCCGAAGUUUGGGGAUGCCUGCUCUAUAUGUUGUAGCUCCUGUGUUGUUCAGACCUUCCUGUGUUGACAGUGUAUGUCUGCAGGAGGAGUCUAUCCAGUUGUGAGUGAGUGGCAGAUUUCAGGGGUUUCCAUGCAUAAGCUCGUAUUUCGCAUCUGGAUCUCAGCAUUCUGAUUAAAAAUGAAAUUAAAUCCCCCCAAGUCUGAAGUCUGCCCAUUCCUUUAUUUAUGGGAAUCACACAAACAGGAGAGAAGUAAGUCUCAGCGGUAUCUGCCAUGUCAGUGAGAGAGCAGGUAUCCUAUUGACGCCCUACUUUUUAACACACAGUUGUGGGCAAAUGGAAGGGGGGAAAUGAAAAGAAUGCCUAUUGCAAUAGUUCCCCACCCCAUUUUUUAAAAAGAAAUAUCUUUAUUGUUUAAAAAGGCAUAAAUACAAUCAAUACAAGAUACACACAUAUUCACACAUUCAAAAAAAGAGAGUUAUAUAAAGGAUCAAAAAAGACAAAAAGGACAAAAAGAAAAAAGAAGAAAAAAAGAAUUUAAAAAGAGAUAAAAAUAAAGAUUGGUCUUCCAAUUAUUCCGUCUGUAACUUCUGUUAUUCCUAAUUUCUUGCACAUUCAUAGAUAAGUUAACUACUUUUUUUUUAUUCAUAUAUUGUAACUCAGAUUCAGCCUAAACCCACUAUCAGAGAUUUCGAUAUUCCGUUUUUCAUUAGAUAUUCUUCAAAUAUCUCCCAUUCUUUCUUCACUUUUUGUUUUGUUUGCCCUCUUAUUCUUGCAGAUGUUGUUGCCAGUUGGAUAUAUUCUACCAUUAACGUUUGCCAUUCUGCUGUAUUUGGUACCUUCUCUGAUUUCCAAUUUCUAGCUAUCAGGAUCCUUGCCGCUACUAUCCCAUACAUAAGUAAUACUCUUUUUGAUGUUUUAAUUUCCACCGGUAUUAAAUUUAACAAAAAUAUCUCAGGUUUCUUCCUAAAUGUAUUUUUAAAUAAUUUUUUCAACUCAUCAUAUAUCAUACUCCAAUAGUUACUUAUCAUAGGGCAGCCCCACCACAUAUGUAUCAUGGAUCCUUUUUCUCUUUUACAUCUCCAACCAAGGUCUGAAUUGUUUUUGAACAUUUUGGCUAUUUUCUCCGGUGUUUGGUACCACCUGUACAUCAUUUUUAAUAUAUUUUCUUUUAAAUUAUAGCAGGCAGUAAAUUUCAUAUCUUGCUUCCAAAGUUUUUCCCAAUGUUCUAUUGGGACAUUAUAUCCAAAAUCCUGGGCCCAUUUUAUCAUCGUUGAUUUAGUUUGCUCUUCUUUGAGUUCCCAUUCUAGUAGCAGGUCACCCCAUUUUCAACAGAAGCAUUGCAACCAGUGCCAGACAGAUGGGGCAUACAAACAGGGAGAGGCGUUUUAAUUCAACAUUUUUAUC